AUGAGUGGAAAAGGUACAUCAUCAAGAGCUUAUGAUAUGAUCAUGAAGUUAUUAUUGGUUGGGGAUUCCGGUGUAGGUAAAUCAUGUUUAUUAUUAAGAUUUGUUGAAGACAAGUUUAAUCCCUCAUUUAUCACUACCAUUGGUAUUGAUUUCAAAAUUAGAACUAUUGAAAGUAAAGGUAAACGAAUCAAAUUACAAGUUUGGGAUACUGCUGGACAAGAAAGAUUUAGAACCAUCACUACCGCAUAUUAUCGUGGUGCCAUGGGUAUUGUUUUAAUUUAUGAUGUUACUGAUUCAAGAUCAUUUGAAAAUGUUGAAAAUUGGUUCCAAACAGUUACUCAACAUGCAAAUGAAGAUGCACAAAUUUUCUUGGUUGGUAAUAAAUGUGAUGAUGAAGUUAAUAGACAAGUUUCAAAAGAACAAGGUCAAGAAUUGGCUGCUAAAUUAAAUAUCCCAUUCUUGGAAGCAAGUGCUAAAAGUAAUGAAAAUGUCGAUUCUAUUUUUUAUGAAUUGGCUGGUAUCAUUCAAGAAAAACAUGUUGAAGAAAAUGUUGGUAACACUACUGGUGGUGGUGCUUCUGGUGGUAUAGAUGUUUCUCAAAGCAAUUCAGGUUCUAAAAACAAUAACUGUUGUUAA